AUGAAGAGGCCCUGCAAGGAGAAGAGAUCAUCGGAGACAAAGUCAGAUGUGACCGUUGAUGAGAGGAAAGAGGAAGCCUGCAGCCAGAUACUGGGGUCUGUUUCUCCAACCAUGUUAUCUCUGGUACAAGCAAGAAAGAAGCGAAGAGGGAUCAUUGAAAAACGGCGCCGGGACCGUAUCAACAGCAGCCUGUCUGAGCUUCAGCGCCUGGUCCCCACUGCCUCAGAGAAGCAGGGCACUUCCAAGCUGGAGAAAGCGGAGAUCUUACAGAUGACAGUAGAACAUUUAAAAAUGCUUUGUGCCACUGGGGGCACAGGGUUGCCAGACGCUCGAGCCAUAGCAGCAGACUACAGGAACAUCGGUUUUCGGGAAUGCUUGGCAGAAGUGACGGCAUACCUGAACAGCCUCAAGAGCGAGUACAGCAGCACUGACCCUAUCCAGCUACGGCUUCUUUCCCACCUAAACAGCUACAUUGCUGAAGCUGAGCCUUCGAUCAGAGCUGCCUCCCUCCUGCCUGCUCAUUCCUGGCCUAAGCCACAACUCUGGAAAUGUUGCCACCCCAUAGGGGCAUCCGGCCAAGUGCCUGUGCCCUGGAGGCAGUGGGCUCCUGGAGUAGCUAUCUGGGCUGCUUCCUCGGUAAUCUAUCCCGGCCCCGCAAUGAAAGCACCUCCGAUGGGGAAAAUCCCAAACACUGUCACACCAGCCUGUCAUAACAUCUUGUUUACUCGGAUUGCAUCAUCUGCUCCAAGAAGCAGACCACUGGUAGUGACCUCGGCCACCUCCGUUUCUGCAUCCCAUGCAAGCGUCAGAGAUGCAAUCCCUAGGAGCAGCCAGUUGGCAGCGUUUCUCUCCUCUUGA